CUCGUUCUCUCCCUGAGAACUGACCAAUCGGCAUGUUUCUGAAAAUACCAAUUUUUGUUAUAAUAAUAAUAAUAAUAAUAAUGCUGUUGUCUGAUGCAAAUGCAUUACGAUGACUUUGGCCAGCAACACAAUACAAGGGCCUAUUCUGAUGCCAGAGUCACUUUCAACAUCAACAUUAAGCCGACCAGUAAUGGAUGGUCUGAUCCCAACUGCUGACCACCAUCCAUCAUGCCAUGAGACUGACUCUUCAAAAGGAAAAAAAAUGGACUCGAAAGAUGAUGCGCUACAUCAAAAACCAACAACUGCAGGGGCUCUACCUAAUCCUUCCUCCGCAAGAGUUUUCUCAAAUCAAAAGAGAAAGCGAGAAUCUACAGAAAAGAGCAGUUCCUCUUCACUCCACAAACCCUUUCGGUCCCCAGUCCGAUUGAUGGCCAAUGAUCUUACUUCAACUUGUCGUAUUGUAUCAUCACGACACAACCUUCAUGCAGACACUGUAUCCACCACAAAAGUAUGUGAUCUGCAUGAUGAAACCUUCAUUAAUUCUAUUAAGACUAAUACACCAGAGCUACUUGCAACAACACCUACAGAGGAGCCCUCUAUUGUACGUACAACAAAGCCGAUUUUAAGGCAAAGGGUCGGGGUUGGUAUGCAAAAAGCUUUUCGAUCUCCUGUUAUUUCUCGUCAAAAUCAGGCUAGUAACCUUAAACGAGCAAAGAACACUGUCAACAGCCAGGUGACACAAAUUCAAGCUCUUCAGACCAAGAUGAAGGAGCUAGAGUCAUCGAUCCGCAAAGCGCGACAAGUUUUACAUCUGCAGGAAGCUAACGAUGCUCCUCUGCAGGAGCUGAUUGAUAGGUGGCGUAAAGUGAGUAUAGAAGGCGCACAGGUUUUAUUGGAGAAGUAUCUUGCACAGGAACAAUUUUUUGGUGGCGGUAGCGGUGAAAGCCAAAGUCUAUGGGACCAAGACUCCACACCAGUAGCAAGCAGUUGGGGACGGUCAUUAACGAACACCAGUUCGUCUCAAGAUCGGCAGCAAAAACAGAAGCGACAGCAAGGACUCACAGAGAUGGACCUUGAACAACUUGAUGCUAUGGAGGAAUGUAUGGAAAUCCAGGAUGUACAGCAAGAUCUACCCACAGUUGAAGAAGCUAUUCGAUUAAGAUCCGUGCCUGACAAGCAUAUGGGUUAUGGAGGGGAAGCAGCACUUGUGAAGAUGACUCCAAUGCUAAAGCUGCUAAGAAGUCUAGGAAUUGACCCUGCUAUUAUCGGGUACGACGUUGAGCAGGACACGUUUACGAACGAUGAGCAUGUGCAUCAAAAUAUGUAGACUGAGUGCUGCACAUGCACUCAUCUAUGAUCGUUUCAAUAAAUUCCACGUGAU